GCUGGAAAGUUGCUUCCCACUGGUGAUACAGCUGCGAGUUGCCUCACUGAGGUUUUACCCCGGGUUUCUGAAGUUGAUAAAGCUCCUGUUGUUGAAGGAAUAUUCUACGGCAGAGCAGAUGAUCCUGACAUUGCAGCUCACAUGACACAUGGCAUAGAGUCAUGCUCUUCGUGCAGUGCAGCUUCAUUGAUAAAUCCACCUACCAAAACUUACUUUCAAGAAAAAAUACAAGACAAAAAAGAAGCAGUCUACUUUAGGAAUCGCCAAGCACCAUUGGGCAGAUCACAUGAUCAAUCUGCUAUGUUACCUGAGGGUUUGGAUAUAAUUAAUACUACAUUUGGAACAAAAGUCAUCCAAGAUGUGUCAGCUGGAGAGCUUAUAAAUCCACCAAAAACUUUUGAGGAAGUAGAUAAAGAAUCCAGAGAAGGGCAUGAUCUGUACGUUGUGUCACAUAAUGAUUAUUAUGCGGGGGAAGCAAUAAAUAGGAAGUAUGACUCACCAAACUUCAGCAAGUUUUUUGCUUAUGGAAUAGAAACCCCUCACUUUAAAGAUGGGCAAAGUGUAUCCAAAUCCUUAAAUUGGCUCUAUGAUCUGCAAUCGAAGAGAGCAGCAAAAAUUGUAUCAAAACGAAGUGAUGAUUUCAAGGAAAAAUUUCAGCCUCAGAUUGGAAAAGUUCUUGAUCCUAUAGCAGAAACUAUGAAUGUUCCCCCAGACCAUACAUUUGGAAUGUUACUCCAUCCAGAUGAAUAUGUUCGGCAAAGUUUGAAGAAAGCUAACUAUGAGAAUUUUGACACGUUACCAGAAGCAUUCAGGCAUUAUGAUAAGAAUGGUGAUGGAAUGAUAGACAAGGAUGACCUGCGAAAGUCCUGUUUUCAGCUUAAUCUGAAUCUAGACGAUGAGCUCCUGGGUUCCUUGUUUGACUACUGUGAUUUGGAUAAAGAUGGUCUGAUUAAUUACCUGGAGUUUACAAACUUUCUGAACUGGAAAGACAAAAUGGCUGUUAAAGAGUUUGAAGAAAAAAUAAUUACAAAAGGGAAAAAACUAGAUGCUCUUGUUCUGCCUGAAGACACAAAGACAAAUGAUGAGCCACUGCUGAAGCGGGAAGCUGUGUUAAAAGAACUGGGAAGCUCAGAAAAGACGCCAACACUUAAACGAUCAACAGAUCAUGCCUUUGCAAAUUAUCAAACAACUUCUUCUCAGUAUAAUGCUGUAGUAGGUGGUCUCCGAACAACCUGUUAUCCAGUGUGUGGUGUUCCAACUAUUCGUUCUGAUAUUCCUGCUCCUCGAGUUCACCGCAUCAGUGACAGAACUAAUUAUGGUGAUGAGGCCAAUGCUUAUGCAUUAUUGUUCCCUUCUGUUUUCAGUCAAAAGGCAGUGUAUGAAAGAGACUUUUUUAAAACAAGACCAAAGGCAGAGGUAAUUUCUUCAGAAUACUCUUCCAAGAUAACUGUACUUCUAGCCAUGUGGGAGUGGAAAAGCAUAUUAUCCAAUAAACAG